AUGACCGAAAUAAAUAGUGAUUUACAAAAUGAGCGGAAAAAAUGUACUUUUAAUAUUGAAGAAUUGACGGAGUUCGUGUAUGGGGGGCCCGAAAAAACGAAGGAAAGAAGAGAAAGAGGUACAGUUGUUUUACAUAAUAGAUUAAUUAAUUGCAGGGAUGUGGUAACUCAAAUUCUAGGCUCAACAUUAGUACGCGACGGAUCUCCAUUAGGUCUUCACUAUAUAAUGUUUAUGCCGACCAUCAUAACUCAGGCUAAUGAUGAGCAACAGGCUAAAUGGCUGCCGAGAUCCUGGAACUGCAACAUUAUUGGAAGUUACGCUCAGACUGAGCUGGGUCAUGGUACAUUUGUUCGCGGUCUGGAAACAACAGCUACUUACGAUCCUUCCACCAAGGAGUUUGUUCUACACAGCCCUUCACUCACCUCCUAUAAGUGGUGGCCAGGAGGAUUGGGUCAUACUGCAAACUAUUGUAUACUGAUCGCUCAACUUUACACGAAGGGAAAAUGCCAUGGAAUACAUCCAUUUAUUGUCCAAUUAAGAGACGAAGAAACACAUGUUCCUUUACCGGGGAUUAAAAUCGGUGAUAUCGGAGCGAAAUUAGGGCUUAAUGAAGUUAACAAUGGAUUUUUAGGAUUCGAUCAUGUCAGAAUACCUAGAGAUCAAAUGUUAAUGAAACACGCACAGGUUUUAGAGGAUGGCACUUACAUUAAAUCACUUAAUAGUAAAUUAAACUAUGGACCGAUGGUUUUCACAAGGGUAGUGAUUGUUUUUGACGUUGCCAAUUAUUUAUGUAAAGCGGCAACAAUUGCUACCAGAUAUUCAGCUGUGCGCAGACAGUCACAGAAAAGACCUGGUGAACAAGAGUGUCAAAUUCUUGAUUAUUUGACUCAACAACAUAAAAUAUUUCCUGCGAUAGCUACAAGCCAUGCUCUUCGUAUUGCUGGAAAAAAAUUGUGGGACACAUUCAAUACUAUAAAUGAACAACUUAUUGAGGGCAACCUGGAGAGGCUUCCUGAGCUUCAUGCUUUGGCAUGCUGUUUGAAAGCCGUGAGUACAUCAGACGCGGCUCAGUGCGUGGAGCGCUGCCGUCUGUCGUGCGGCGGCCACGGGUACAUGCUGUCGUCCAACCUGCCGCUCACCUACGGCCUGGUGACGGCCGCCUGCACCUACGAGGGAGAGAACACCGUCAUGUUACUACAGACGGCCAGAAAAAUUCAAUCUUGCGUAAAGGAUAUGGAAAAGCGGGUUUCGUCUGGAAUAUCAUUUGAAGACGCCUGGAAUAUGAGUUCAGUACAAUUGGUUUCAGCAGCGGAGGCACAUUGUAGAGUUAUAAUACUGUCAAAUUUCGACGAGGAAAUAAAAGAGAAAAGUAAAAGUUCUUCUCCAGAAUUAGCUGUCGUACUUAACCAGCUUUUAGAAUUAUAUGCAGUCUAUUGGGCACUUGAGAAAUCUGAAAACUUGGUGCUGAGCAUUGACACAUUAAAAGAUGAUAUACCAGAAGAAUAUCUCAGCCAUAAGGAAUGCUAUGAAAACGUUAUUCGGAAGGGUUCCGUACUUUAUGACAUAUUUUUGGAACUUUCUAAAGAUCGAAAGCAUAGGGCUCAUCAAGCUCCAUCCAAUGCUUAUCGUAUAUCCGAUGGGAUUAUGCAGAGUGUAAACCCUUUUCUUCUUCAUUUCGCUCUAUUUGUACCGGCUGUCACUAACCAGGGUACUCCGGAACAACAGGCGGAGUUUUUGAAAAAUGGGUCUGGCGUUAUAGGAACUUACGCUCAGACUGAACUCGGUCAUGGCACGUUUUUAAGAGGGCUUGAGACGACAGCAACUCUAGACCUGGAAACUGAUGAGUUUGUAUUGAAUAGCCCGACCCUGACAUCCUAUAAGUGGUGGCCCGGAGGAUUGGGACAUACCGCCAACCACUGUGUCGUGAUGGCUCAACUUUACGUGAAGGGAAAAUGUUACGGACCCCAUUUAUUCAUUGUAAAAAUUCGCGAUAUUGAAACCCACGAGCCCCUACCGGGACUUAAAUUGGGUGAGAUUGGAGCCAAGAUGGGUUUCAACACAGCUGAUAAUGGUUUCCUUGGUUUCCAUAAUUUUAGAAUACCGAGAAAUAAUAUGCUAAUGAAAAAUUCUCAAGUUUUAAAAGAUGGCACCUACGUGGAAUCCAAAAACGAAAAGUUGACGUAUGGAUCUAUGGUAUUUGUGAGAGUAUACCUUCUAUCGGACAUGGCGUAUAUGUUGGCGCGAGCUUCUACCAUCAGCGUCAGAUACUCCGCUGUUAGGCACCAGUCGCAUAUAAAACCUGAUGAACCAGAAGUCCAAAUAUUAGAUUUUGUGAGCCAACAACAUAAGCUGUUUAUAGCAAUAGCGACCAGUCAUGCCUUCAAGAUAAGUGGCUUAUGGUUGUGGCAAACCUACUCGAAGGUCAUGGAAGAUAUUGGCAAGGGAUCCCUGGACCGUUUACCUGAGUUACAUGCGCUUUCCUGCUGUCUCAAAGUCACUAGCACUAAGGACGCAGGUUUGCUGAUCGAGCAAUGUCGGUUCGCUUGUGGUGGUCAUGGCUACCUGAUGUCCUCAAACCUGCCCUUGUUGUACACAACAGCGACUGCUGCUAUAACAUACGAGGGAGAGUCUACUGUACUUUUGUUACAAACUGCCAGAUACUUGAUAAAAAGCUGGAAACGCGCCAUGGAUGGUGAAUCCCUGCCAGCUACUGUUAGUUUUCUGUCAGAGUACUUUAAUAAGAGGUACAAUAAAUGGGAGAACACACCCGAAGGAAUCGUCGACGGAUUUAAACUGGUUGCUGCUGGGUUAACUAAAAUGAGUUUUGAGUCAAUACAGAAGCAUGUGUCAAGAGGACAACAUUACGAGGAAGCUUGGAACUCAUCUUCUGUGCAACUGAUAAAAGCAAGUGAGGCAUAUUCCCGGGCCCUGCUAUGUGAAGUGUUUUGGGUCGAAAUUAAUAAAGUUUCGUCUACGUUAUCCAAUAAUUUGGCUGUGGUGCUUAAACAACUGGCGGAAUUGUACAUUAUUUAUUGGGCUUUGGAGAAACGGGGUGAUUUAUUAACAUAUACAUCCAUAUCAAAAGAUAAUCUAGAAAAUCUUCAGGAGAGGUAUGAGGAGUUGCUAGCAUUAAUUAGACCCAACGCCGUAGGACUUGUUGAUAGUUUUGACAUCAGAGACGAGAUUCUAUGUUCAACUCUUGGUGCUUAUGACGGUCGGGUUUACGAAAGGAUGAUGGAACACGCACUAAAGAGUCCUCUAAAUGCUGACACGGUCAAUCAAAGUUUUCAUAAAUACAUGAAACCGGUUCUACUUAAACACAAAAUUUAA